AUGGCCUGCUGCGCUACUAGUUUCUGUGGCUUUCCCACUUGCUCCACUGGUGGCACAUGUGGUUCUAACUGCUGUCAGCCCAGCUGCUCCCAAUCCAGCUGCUGCCAGCCCAGCUGCUCCCAAUCCAGCUGCACCCAGUCCAGCUGCUGCCAGCCCACCUGCACCCAGUCCAGCUGUUGUCAGCCCACCUGCACCCAGUCCAGCUGUUGUCAGCCCACCUGCACCCAGUCCAGCUGCUGCCAGACCAGCUGCUGUGGAACUGGCAGUGGCCAGGAGGGUGGCAGUGGAGGCGUGAGCUGCCGUGUUAGAUGGUGCCGCCCUGACUGCCGCGUGGAGGGUACCUGCCUGCCCCCCUGCUGUGUGGUGAGCUGCACACCCCCAACCUGCUGCCAGCUGCACCAUGCCCAGGCCUCCUGCUGCCGUCCAUCCUACUGUGGACAGUCCUGCUGCCGCCCAGCCUGCUGUUGCCACUGUUGCGAGCCCAGCUGCACUAAGCCCAGCUGCUCUGAGCCCAGCUGUUAA